AUGGACGACCCUGAAAAUGCAGUUGCCCUCGACCACGAACUCCACCGACUACUCACCUUCCUAGACUCAUCCGAACGCAGCUACGGCUCGACGCGUGUGCUAUCGGAAAUGUUUCAGGGCACCUGGGAUCACGAGGAGUCGCUGUUCCGAUCUCUCUUUGACCGGUACGGCGUCGAGGCCCUUAAACCGUUUGCUCACGAAGCGUGCAUCUUCGAGAUUGGCGCCCCCAUGUCCCUAGCGAAGGAGGAAGAUUGCGAGUACAACACGGUGAGCUGUCUCAAGUUUGUCCUCGCCGAGGAGGCGCACAAGCACGUGAGGACGAUGUAUGAUGUCUGGGACUACGAGCUGUGGCGCAGCGCGCUGGUGGACUAUCUCCGGACCCCCAUGGACAAGGUGCAGAUGAGCCUCUUCUCGACGGCCCGCGACGUCCUCAUCUUCUCCGUCACCAACCCUUUCCAGUCAACAAAAAUUACCGUACCCGAAGAGUUCUACCCGGACCGGUACAUUUGGGAGCGGCGCAGGGAGGCCGUCGGCCUACAGUACCUGCGCCGCCGCGUGAGGCGGAAGAAGGAAAAGUACGAGAGGCGAGAGGCCCCUCCUGGGCAGCCCACCCUGCAAGAACAGCUGCGGAGGUGGGAAGCGGCGGGCAAGCGCGCCGAGCUCCUACUAGACUCCCUGGUUCUCAAGGCCAAGUUCGAGGCGUUCCAGGAGGCGAGGUUCAGCUACAAGGUGUACCCUAGGGGCGUGGAGGAUGCGCCGUGCGUGUAUUCGGACGAGCUGGAGGAUGAGGCAAAAGCUCGUAAGAAGGCGGGAACGCGCGGAGCAGGAGGCGGCGCGGCUCAAAAGGCGAUUCAAGAGAUUGAAACGCUUAAGCAAAAGUGCACCGAGGCGGAGGCCUUUAUCGGCCAACUCUACACGAAUCCUGAGCAGGAGGGCGCCGCGCCGAUGAUCAGCCCGAGGUACACGCUGCGGGGCAUCGGCACGGCAAGCAACAUUGUCUACGUGUGCAAGAGAGCGGAACCUACGCUGAUAGAGUUGGGUGACAGCCCCGUCACGCAAGAUCAGUGGUGGAGGCUCGAAUACAACGCUAGCCAUUCGACGCCCAUCAAGGCCGAGGUGGUGGACUUUGAAACGGUCCAGAGCCUCAUAUGGGACGAGUCCAACUCGCUCACCAUGAUUUACGCUACCGACGGCGCCAUGGAUACGCCCCGCAUCGAACUUCCGAGUGGGCUGCAGCGCUUCAUCAAAGCAGACAACCGAAGCUUCCAAAAGGAGCUCGAACAGGAGGAAGCGGCGGCGGACGCCAACGCCGACAUACCGAUGGAGACGCUCGACUCUUUUGACCUGCAGGCCCGUUCGCGGUCACUUAGCGUGGACUCGAUGGCGACGAACCGCGCGUCCCUCGGAUCCAUGGACUCGCGCGAGGAUGACUUUGGACUCGAGGACUUUCUCCCUCCGAGCAGCAUGGACGUCGAGUACCAGACAGGCAACGUAGAUCACGGCCAUCGUCGGGAUGUGACCCCGAACCAAGGCCUGAUACACAGCAGCGGCAUGGAAUCGCCGGUACUCGGUCACGCGGGUCGCGACGCGGCGUUUAGCCCCGGAUCGGGGCCGGAAGGCUCCGCCGUCAACGUCGGCGAUAUCUCGCUUCCCCGCCGGCCAAGUCGAAGAGCGACGAUAGCGACGAGGACGACGAUGACGACGACGAGCUACAGGAGAUUCCACCGCCGCCGCCGCAGCAGGAAAUGA